CUAGAAAAGCAUAGUGCAGCAGAGAAAGAGGAAGGACACAAUACUGCCAAGCCGAUAACAGAAAAAAAAAACCUACCAUCAGGGCAGACAACCUCAUAUCAUACUUGAUGAGCAAGUAACCCCUUAUUUCCGUUACAUCUCAGAAUGUGUUACGUUGAAAAGCUUGGAAAGAGCAACCGUAUUACCAUGAUGUAUUCCUUGUGUAUUGUAAACAAUAUAAACAGCAUUGGUACGUGCUUGGUUUAUUCUAUGGAACAAACUACUUGCCAUUUACUUUGGCAACCCGAUCUACGCACUGCGCGCAUGCAACUUAUUCCUUCGCAUUCCUCACUUAAAAAAUUGCAUACCCACGAAAUAAAUAAAAAAACAAUUUGUCGUUUUUCUAACUCCGCGCUAUUUUUAUUUUUUGAACAAAAGGGUGAUCAGGUCAGUGGCAAGUCUUUAAUUCGGGUUUUUGCAAUGAUUCUGAAGAAAGAUAUAAUUCAACAUAAGCAAAAGAUAAUAGCUAUGUUUCCACAGCGUCACAGAACUUUCUACAAACACGCUAGCGUAAGGGACUUAUUUCCGCCCCAGGAAACGACAAAUAAUUUUAUGAAGCUUGUCAGUCCGUGAGGUGUAAACGGGGGGUGACCGUAUUUCCUUUCGUAUUAUCCGGCGUCGCAUGGCAAAGACAAUGUCAAUGCACUACAGUGAAUGUGGUGAUGCUUCAAUUUUUUUUAUUACCAUGCAUACACCUCACCUGUCUUCGUACAAAGUUAAGGUUAAGAAACAGUUGUUGUGCAUGGGAACAUAAGCUAACCGGAUAUGGUGAUGAUUUCCGACCUUUUUUUUU